GUGUCUGUCUGGCGUGUAGGUGUGGAUGCGGCCUCUUGCCUUGUCGACAACUUGUGAGUACGGCCGUCUGCUGAGCCACAAGAUGCGCCUCUCACGCCUCGGGGGCCACUGCCACUGGUGCUGCAAGAACUCAUCCGCCAUGGAAAUGGUCGUGUUGGUCAGCUGGCCCAGGCGUCUUUUGUCCAACGCCUCCACGGUGCCGCUUUUGCUGUUGGUGUCACGCUGAGAGGUGGAGACCUUGAGUGCUGUCAGGACGUGCGUGCGGAAGGCGUGCAUGAUGGCCGAGCCGCAGAGAUUGGAGUGCCCGUCGCCAAGUGGGUGGAACUCGGGGCGGGAAUUGCCGCGCAACAGGAUGCCAUCGGCAAGAUGCUUCUGCCAGUUGAGGUUCAUGAGGCCCACACCGCCGUGAGCGCCAUGGACGAGACGCGAGAAGCACAGCUUGCCCUGAUAAAACCGCUGUGUGGCUGGGGAUGGGCGUGUGCCGAGGAAGACAGGGGGGUGCGAGGGGAACAUCCCAGUCCAGAAGUCAACAAAAGCGCCCGGCGGCUGCUUGUCGACUGUCAGCACACACACACACACACACACAAAAGGAAUCCGUGUCCUCUGUUUCUCUCUUGUUAGGUGUGUGUGUGUGCAUCCCAGACAGACUUGCGAGGAAUUGUGUUUCGAAUGGCGACAGUCCGGCCACAGCCAAGGCGAUGAAGGCAACCACCGCAUCCAGGUGCAUCUGGUUGAGGUUGGUCGGAUCCCACCUGCGCACACGCCCACAUGUGACGCAACACGACACGACACACCCUGAAUGACGCACGCACACACGGGUGUGUACCUUUCCAGCACUAGCACAGGAUGGCGCACCCAGUCACUCUCAUCGCACACCACAUGGCCACUUGCAUGCGACUCGCCAUAAUAGUGCAGCUUCUCCAGAAACCGAGCAGGCGGGCUGUCUGGGAUGUCUGCUUCCUCCGCCAGCUGCAGGUCGGGAGUACAGCCCGUCUGCACGCCCUCCCACUGGUCUCUGCCGCGCGGUGGCCCCCAUCCCUUGCCGCCCGUUGCGUACUGCCACACAGCCGCCCGGAUGCCGACGAAGUCACACAUGACUCGAGGGAAUUUGAAGUCGCCCUUUCUCAGAUAGCAGUUGACAGAAGACACAGGGGCGUUGUGGUCCUGGCGGCUUUGGCAGAUCUGCACCCGGAAGCCUCGCCAGCGGUCGACAAAAGGCAGGCCGUACCAGUACCGGCAGAGGCCCGGCAGUAGGACAAGGGCUCGGUCGGCCCACUGGAUCUCGUCAUAGAUGAGGGUGGACGCUGAGAGGCUGGAUGGAGCCGUUGGCUGAUGCUCGUGGUGGGUGCAGUCGGUGACGUUAUCCCGCACCAAGGCUGUCAUGAUGCGGAAAGAGCUGUGAUGGCGAGAGUGGAAAACAAGCACGCUGACGGAGAUGAACGUGGCGAUGACCACGCAGAUCUGCACGCACACACACACGCACACACACACACGCGGAGAGAGGGCAGAAGCAGGCGCCCACUCCUGAAGGCAGGGGCGAUCGAUGGAUGGAUCUGCCUGCUCCGUACGGCAAGACGCUCCGACGGCCUCAUUAUCUGUUCAUCCCUCGGUUAGUGGUCCAGAAGGCUCCGACACACUACACUGGCG